ACACACCUCUAUUGCUUCUUUUGCUCUCACUCGCGGUACCAUCAUGUCUCUAUUCUAUCUUGUUCUUGCUCUUGCUCUUGGUCUUGUUCAGCUCCUCACCCCUCCUAGCCUUAAUUAACUCUCCUCCUCACUUUCGCAGUUCUCUCUCUCUCUCUCUCUCGCGUACAAAAAACACCACAACGAGGGGAGGGACACACGGCUUAUGACUGUCUUUUGCUAGUUGCCACUUUACUGAUCUAGACUGUUAUAAUGGUCUCAUUGUCAGAGAAUGAAUGGCUGAGAAGACCAAGUCAGACUUCUUCUCUUGCACUUGUCUGCCAAAGCCAACUUCCCUGUUGAUUUUAAGGUGGAUAAGUUUGUCAAGAACUUGAUUGUGAGGCUAAUGGAGGAUCCAUAUGAAAAGAACUUGACUGAGAGGGAAAGUUAGUCUGGGAUCUCUCUUUGCGGACAAUUUCUUGGAAGUUAGCUGGAUUGGAGGGAGACGCUUCUUAUUCUGCCUUUUUUGUAACGUGUAAAUCUUGUUGUUGACUGGAGUCAAGUAGCUUACAAGUGAAGAGAGACUCAAGGGAGCUAAUCUUUCUAGUUAAAGAAGCUGUUGAUAUUUCGAAUUUGGGGGGGUUGGAAAGUCAUUGAGCACCACAAAUCUUGUUGAUGGAAUCAUCGUCAUUGACGGGAUCAUCGAAGAGGGCCAAAGCACCUGGGAAUGUGACCCAAAUGGCUCAUUGCUUGGUUGAUGGAUGUAAUGCUGACCUUAGCCAAUGUCGAGAUUAUCAUCGCCGCCAUAAAGUCUGCGAGCACCACUCUAAGGCCUCAAAAGUCACAAUUGGGGGUCGUGAGCUACGGUUUUGUCAACAAUGCAGCAGGUUUCAUUCUUUAGGGGAGUUUGAUGAAGGAAAAAGGAGCUGCAGAAAACGUCUUGAUGGCCAUAAUAGGAGGCGAAGGAAGCCUCAGGCAGAACUUUCCAGAAACUCUGGAAUGCUUUUUCCAAGUCAACAAGGUAGUAGUAGGCUUCUGUCAUUUGAUACACCUCAAAUAUUUCCAAGUGCUGUGGUGAGUUCCAGCUGGAGUGGUGUUGUCAAACCUGAGAAUAAUGUGGUGCUGUACUGCCAAUCAAACACAAAUUACAUAGACAGGCAAAACGCGUUCCCAGAGUCGGUUCAUGACUACAAAGGAGUGAACCAGUUUCAAUUCAUUCAAAGCACCCCCCGCACUCUUCCUGAAACUUCCAUCUGCCAACCGCUUCUUGAUCCUGAUUCUGCAUCAGGACAUAAUAAUAGCAGCCAAAAGAUCUUUUCCGAUGGUUUGAAUCAAGUUAUCAAUUCUGAUCGUGCUCUCUCUCUUCUGUCAUCUGCACCCGCCGUAACUAGGGAGAUUGGUUUUAGCCACAUGGUGCAGCCUGACUCCAUUUCCCAGGCACAGUCCUUAGUACACAAUUUGCAGUACGGCAGUCCAGGCCAGUUUCCAUAUGCUCAGGAAAUAGAAAACAAGCCAGUAAUUUCUGAAUCAGAUUCCCGAGUGAGCAACAAUGCCACCCUUCAUUUCCAGGAAAUGUUUCAGAAUGGACCUGAAGAGUCAUCUACAAGUGGUGGAUCUCAGCAGACUCUAACAUUCCUGUGGGAGUAGCUCUCGUUAAUUGCCGUUGCUUGCACUGUGCUGACUGCGUCAAUAAACUGUUGCUGUACUAGACACUAAUUCUUUUUCACCUCCCUCUUAAGAAUGUUUGCUGUUGCUAGAUUUAUCUGUGUGACCUAUUCUUGAUACCUGUUGAGGAAAUGAAAAUUUCACCAUUCACCUACUUUCUUAUUUCUCCACUUCCAGGUAAUUCAGCCCCUCUGCAACGAGAAAAACUUCAA